AUGGCACGCGAUCCGCUCCCCGCCGACGUCCGUCUCCUCAUACGCAACAACAUGGCAUCUGCGCAUCCACAAGUCCCAACGAUCGAUGGGCUCGACAGCAAGACGCAGAACGACGUCUUUACAGCGAUCGACGCUAUCAACAAUGACAUGCGGGACCUAAGCCUCGCAAUUCAUGAAAACCCAGAGCUCGGUUUCAAGGAAGUCAAAGCGCAUGCCAACCUCGUCAAGGCGCUGUCCAAACUCGGGUUCACGAUCACCAACCCCACCUCGCUCGAGACCGCCUUUGUUGCUACUUGGUCGAACGGAUCUGGCGGCAGGACGUUUGGCUUCAACGCCGAGUACGAUGCGCUCCCCGGUAUCGGCCAUGCCUGUGGACACAACCUCAUCGCCAUUGUAGCCGUCGCCUCGGCCGUGGGCUGCAAGGCGGCCAUGGAGAAGCAAGGUAUCUCGGGCACCAUCAAGGUCAUCGGCAGUCCCGCCGAGGAAGGCGGCGGCGGCAAGAUCAUCCUGUUCAAUGAGGGUGUGUACGACGGCCUCGACGCGUGUGCCAUGGCCCAUCCCGGUGGUGGCAUGCCCGCCGACGGGUAUGACGGCCAGGCCCCCGCCGAAGGCAAGCCCGCCUCGCUCGCCCGUGCAGGCUUCAUUGUCGAUUUCGUCGGCAAGCCUGCCCAUGCGGGCGCUGCGCCGUGGAUGGGCGUCAACGCUGUCGACGCGGCUGUCCUGGGCUACAACGGCGUCUCCAUGCUCCGCCAGCAGCUCGAGCCCACCGUCCGUGUCCACGGCGUCAUCAGGGGUCCCAACGACUGGGUCAACAACAUCAUCCCAGCCUCCUCGCACGUCGAAUACGACGUACGCGCACCAGACGUCAAGCAGGCCAUGGCGGUCCGUAACAAGGCCAUCGCCUGCUUUGAGAGCGCCGCCCACGCGACUGGCUGCUCGCACACCACCCAGUCGAAGGACAAGGACAUUUACGCCGAGCUACGCAACAGUAUCCGCAUGGCAGGCGUCUACGCCGACAUUAUGGAGGAGGUCUUCGACCAGCAUAUCCAGCGCGAUGGCAUGACGACCGCGUCCACUGAUUUCGGUAACAUCACCAUCUCAGCAUGCCCAGCCGUGCACCCGAUGUAUCUCAUCGAGACAGACGGCGUCAACCACACCCCCGAGUUCACCGCCGGUGCGGCCACCAUGGAUUCACACGAGCGCUCGAUCAAGGUCGCCAAGGGACUUGCUCUCCUCGGCUUCAAGGUCCUCACAGACGACGUGUUUGCCAAGAAGAUCAAGGACGAGUUUGAGGAGCAGAAGAAGAGGCUUGGUGCUUAA